AUGUUCAAUUUUCUAGGCUUUGGCAAAGGUCUUGUUGGUGCUGUAACUCGUCCAGUUUCUGGUGUUGUUGAUUUUGCUAGUAGUUCAUUUGAAGGAAUUCGCAGAUUAGCUGAUACAACCCAAGAAGUUUCACGUGUUCGUCCGCCUCGAUUUAUUCGUUCUGAUGGAAUUAUCAGACCAUAUGAUAAACGAGAAGCUGAAGGUUAUCUUAUUCUUAAACAAGUUGAUAAAGAUGGUAUUCUUGGUCAAUAUCUAUUCCAUCUUCAUUCUAUUCGAGGCAAUAAUACAUUGGUUUUAACAACACACAAUCUACUUAUCAUAGAAUCUAUGAAUUUAUUGGGAACAUUUUCAAUUGAUUGGAAAACUUCAUUAGAAAAUAUAGCUGAAGUGCCAAUUAUCAAUAAAACUGGAAUAUUGAUUACUUUAAAAGAAAAACAAAAAAAAGUUUUUACAUCUGGUCAUCAAACAAAACAAUUCGAUUGUGAUCUUAAUUUAGCUAAAUUAAUGAUUAAUGAGAUCGAAUUGGCCAUGAAUAAAACACCUGAACAAUUGAAUUCGAAUGUUUAA